AUGAACUACAUCAGGUUUCUGCAUGAGCAGCGUCCAGCGGAUCCGGAAGCAAUUAUCUUCAUCGAUGCCGAGAACCCGGACCGGACAGUGACAUGGCGGCAGUAUUACUCGAUGGUACAAAGACUGGCUGCCGGACUUCGGCACCUAGGUCUCAAAAAGUCGGAGUGUGUGGCACUUAUGAGCCGCAAUGAUGUCUGCUACUACAUCUUUGCGGACGCAGUCGUCCUCGCCGGUGGCAUUUUCAUCGGCUUGCCGUUCGAGAGCAAGGUUGCUGAGCUUGAGGGACAUCUGAAAGCUGCAGAUGUGAAGUGGAUAUUCGCCGAGCCUCGAUUGCUUGAGCAGGCUCAUGCUGCUUUCGCCGCUGUGGGCCUCCUAGAAUCACAUGUGCUCGCAUUCGAUGCCGCAGAACUGUACAGCGGUGUUGAGGACUCCUUCAGUGCGUUGCUUCGGACUGAGGAGCCCUCGACAAAGGAGCAAUUCGAUGCCUCAAUCGGAGGAGAGCAGACAUGCUUCAGAUUCUUGACCAGCGGCAGCACUGGAACUCCAAAGGCCGCCGAGAUCUCGCACGCGUGUUCCAUAGCUCGGAUUCAGCAAUCGUCCAAGGUCAUACCUGGCGGCGACGUUCGGCAACUCCAGGUCAUCGCCAUGUACCAUGCCACUGGUGUGCUCACCCACGUAAGAGCCGUGACAGGGCGUGUGGUAGCGUACAUAACCGCAAAGCCGGAUGCGGCGACGACCAUCGACUAUGUCGAGAAGUACGGCAUAACAGACAUGAUUCUACAUCCCCGACUGGCAGAGGACUUGGCGGAAGUUGUUCAGAGUGGCGCUCGGGACAAGCAGGCGCUGAGGUCGUUUCGAGGAGCCAGGAUUGGAGGGAGUCUGUGCCGGGACAGCACUGUCAAGGCUCUCAAAGCAGUGUUGCGGGACGAUGCACAUGUUACGAUCUCGUAUGGAUCGACGGAAGCGUGGACUUUGGCGAGCCUUGUGCCGAGAAUGACUUAUGUUGCAGACCAUGUUGGUGGUCAGAUGCCGGAUAUCGAGGUCAUCGUUGUUGACCCUGAGACGCUGGAAGAAGUGGGUGUUAAUAAGGAAGGGGAGAUCUGUGCCCGCGGUCCGACAGUUUUCAGUGGGUAUGCAAAUAAUCCUGAAGCGACCAAGACGACUUUUGUGACAAGGAAAGACGGCGUGUGGUUCCGCACGGGAGAUAAAGGUGUCUUUUCGUCGGUGCAUCAACAGCUGAGGAUCACUGGCCGCUACAAGGAGAUCUUCAAGGUUGGCUCCGAGGAGGUAGCGCCUGCUGAAGUCGAAGCAGAGCUGUUGAAGCACCCUGCAUUGACAGAUACAACCGUGACCUCGACAGACGGACGACGGAAGGUCGGCGAUCUUGAAGUCAUGGCCUAUGUCGUAUCCAAGGACGAUACAUUGUCGGCUCAGGACGUGGUCGAUUUCGUGGCGUCGCGGGUUUCUGCGUGGAAGGCGCCGACCGGUGGAGUCACCUUCUGUGACGGCAUACCACGCACAGCGCAUGGGAAAAUCGAUCGCAAAGCUCUUUCGAAUGCGUCGGUGCAGGAGAGAUCUGCGCGAUACCUCUCUGUCGCAUAG